AUGACGACGGUUGAUAUCCAAACGAACAGCCAGCUGAUUCUUCGCCGUGUUUUCAAGAUCAUGGGCCCAAAAAAGGGCGGCGGGAAUCGUGCUGGGCCCAAGAAAUCCUCGAGCUCGCAGCCUGCAGAGAUCUCCAUCUCGGACUUUGUUGCUGCGGGCGAGAAAAAUGAAGCUAAGAAAUCGAAAGCUGGAACUAAGUCCAAAGGCAAAGAUACUGGAGGGGAGGCUGCGAAUAAGCCGGAAGAGCCCAAGAAGCCCUCCGUGAGGGCUGUUAUAGGCGGCGCAUCAUGGACAGGUAAAUUGCCUGUUAACAUGCUUUCGGAGCAUUGUCAGAAGCAGAAGUGGGCUAAGCCUGAGUAUACAAUGACCAAAAAUGCGGAUGGGUUUCUGGCAGAUGUGAUAUUGAAAAAGGUCAACCCCAAAACAAACGACACGGUGACCCUGCCUCCCUUUCGCCUGCCCCCUUCGCAUAAAAAAUUGGGUACACAGCCAACAGCUGUAGAAGCCCGCCACUUUGCUGCUGCUUACGCACUGUUCCGGGUAUGCAACAUGCGGAAUCUGCAUAUGAUGAUGCCUCCGACUUUUCGGGACCUCUGGAAGGACCAGUUUGCAGCGCUUAAGGCAGAGGAUGUGAAAAAGGGGAAUGGUUGGAUGUAUGAAGCCGACCCUUUCACUACAUUCCAGGAAAGAAAUAAUGCCAUUGCUGAACUUACGCGGCGGAAGGAACAAAAGGCAAAGGAACCGUCAAAACAAAAAGAGGAUCGUGUUCAGCUCGGACUGUCGUCAGGUGCGAGUGGCGGUAGUGGCCAUACAGGAGGCCGUUGGCUGAAGGCACCCAAAAUUGAUAUGGGUGACAAGGUACGUGGGAGAGUUGAAGAGUUAAUUAGGAGGAGAGCUAUAUGGAAUCCGUAUAGGAUUGAAAUAUCAGAAGAUGGGAAAAGGAACAUGAUGGAUGAGCUUGUCAAACUUGGCUUCCGAGCAAGCCAUGUUGAAGAAGCGCUCUCAGAAUGUAAGGAUAGAGAGGAGGCUCUUGAGUGGCUCCUCAUCCAUAUACCAGAAGAUGAUCUUCCCCCGUGGAGUCUGCCGGAAGGAUAUACCGCUGGCAUAACGUUGGCAAGCAAUGAUCUUGCAAGGGAGUCUAAAAUCAAACGACUCUCUGCUGCUGGAUACUCAGCGGAUCUCUGCCGCUCCGUUCUUGAUAAAUAUGAGAACGAUGAACGACUCUCGGCAGAAGCUCUACAGCACAUGUUAGUUUACAGUCAAGACCUUGCUAUUGAAUCUUACGCACCAGUUAAUGGCAAUGCCACUUGGGAGGAAGAACACCAAACGUUAGAGGCUAUUUAUGAUACCAAAUAUAAAAGACUAUCUGAAAAUGCAUGCCAAAUCAUGACAGAGCCCGAGUCGUUACCGCAUAUUACAUACUCUUUCUGGAACCCAGCUAAAGCUGCCUACCCCGAGGCUCCUCCGGUGGUGGCCAUCCUCACGAAGGAAAUACCAGCCUAUAUCCGAUUGAGUGCCACGCGCCAGGCAGUACACCAUGCAAUAGCCAAUCUUAAGGGGGAACCAAUGAUUUUCAACAUCAUUGACUGGCUAAAUGAGAAUUUACCUCGCAUUUUGGAGAGUCCUGGGAAGCUACGGAGUAUUUCUGUUGAGGCCGGUGACAAUGUGAACAGCGAAGACGAUUUAUCUACAGUCUCUAAUCCGAAAUCAAAGUCGAAGUCGGCUAGAGGAAUGGCACAUCGACCCAAGAAGCUUACCAGUGAUGACAUCCGACGUAGCUGGGAAACCAAACAAACCACGCCCGAGCAACAGAAGAUGCUCAAGGCAAGACAGUCUUUGCCAGCGUGGGAUAUUCAAGAUGCAAUUCUGGAUGAAGUUCAUUCGCACCAGGUCACCAUUAUCUCUGGUGAGACCGGUAGUGGGAAGAGUACUCAGUGUGUCCAGUUUAUUUUAGACGAUUUGAUCAAGCACGACCUUGGCUCAUCGGCAAAUAUUGUCUGCACGCAACCACGAAGAAUAUCCGCUCUGGGUCUUGCCGAUCGAGUUAGUGCAGAGCGAUGUUCAGCCGUCGGCGACGACGUUGGGUAUAUCAUCAGAGGAGAUUCAAAAUCCAAGCCGGGUGUAACGAAGAUCACAUUUAUGACAACAGGUGUCCUACUGCGGCGUCUCCAGACAGCCGGUGGAAGUGUUAUUGAAGCUUUAGCGGACAUUAGUCAUGUGGUUCUCGAUGAGGUUCAUGAGAGAGGCCUUGAUACCGAUUUCCUCCUUGCCGUACUGAGAGAGGCUUUGAAAACCCGUAAGGAUCUGAAACUUAUUCUGAUGAGUGCCACCCUCGACGCCAAUAUGUUCAUCAACUACUUCGGUGGCGAUAAGCACGUUGGAAGAGUCAAUAUCCCAGGUAGGACGUUCCCUGUCGAGGAUAUAUACCUUGAUGAUGUUCUUCGGAGCACCGGCUUUAAUUCAGCCUCACCAUAUGAGCUCUCUGAUGACAAUGAGCAGUCACUGGGCAAAACCAUCCAGAAACUGGGUAGUGCGAUCAACUAUGAGCUUAUAUCCAACACAGUUCAACAUAUUGACGCUCAACUUGGUAAUGAGCCUGGUGGCAUCUUGAUCUUCCUACCAGGAACUAUGGAAAUAGAUCGGUGUUUAUCCUCCAUGAAACAUCUACAUUUUGCCCAUCUGCUGCCUCUGCAUGCCUCACUGCUCCCGAGUGAACAAAAGCGAGUCUUUAACGCACCUCCUCCGGGAAUGAGAAAGGUUAUUGCGGCCACAAACGUUGCGGAAACUUCCAUUACGAUCGAGGAUAUAGUUGCCGUUAUAGACACUGGUCGAGUCAAAGAAACCCGGUAUAACCCAGUUGACAACAUAGUACGGCUGGAAGAAACAUGGGCCUCCCAGGCAGCUUGCAAGCAGCGUCGAGGUAGAGCUGGACGUGUACGCAACGGUACCUGCUUUAAACUGUACACUCGAAAUGCAGAGAAGAAUAUGGCAUCCCGACCUGAGCCGGAAAUCCGGCGUGUGCCUCUUGAACAACUCUGCCUUUCCGUAAAGGCGAUGAGAGGGAUUCAAAAUGUGCCUGAUUUUCUUGCAAACACUCUCACACCCCCAGACAACAUUGCUGUGGGCGGGGCUUUGCAUAUGCUUCACCGUAUGGGAGCCCUUGACAAUGAUCAGCUAACUGCGCUUGGCCGCUAUCUAUCUAUAAUUCCAGCAGAUUUGCGGUGUGCAAAAUUAAUGGUUUAUGGUGUGAUAUUUGGAUGCAUCGAAGCAUGCUUGACCAUUGCUGCGAUCUUGACGGUUAAGAGCCCGUUUGUAAGCCCAAGGGAAGCCCGUGAGGAAGCCAAAGAGGCUAGAAGUGUAUUUUCCAACGGAGACGGGGAUAUCCUGACAGAUUUAUCUGCCUACCAACAGUGGGUGGAUAAGAUUCGAGAGCAGGGCUAUCGAAAGGCCCAAGUAUGGUGCCGGGACAACUUCCUACUUCCACAGACGCUGCAGGAUAUCUCGUCCAAUCGAGCUCAACUCCUUGGAUCGUUGAAAGAUGCAGCGCUUUUGCCAGUCGAUUACAAGGACCCUGGGUGCGAAAGCCGCUGGAAUCGCCAUGACAAGAACAGUCAUUUAAUCCGUGCCUUGAUAUCAGGUGCGUUCAACCCUCAGAUUGCAUCGAUAUCCUUCCCCGAGAAGAAGUUCGCUGCUUCGAUGACUGGAACCAUUGAGCUUGACCCUGAGGCCCGCACGAUAAAAUACUUUAACCAAGAGAAUGGCAGAGUGUUUGUGCACCCCAGCUCUACCUUGUUCGAUGCACAGGUAUUUUCCGGAUCUGCACAAUACGUGAGUUAUUUCACCAAAAUGGCAACAAGUAAAGUAUUCAUCCGAGAUGUGACGCCAUUCAACUCAUAUGCUCUGCUGUUGUUCACCGGGCAAGUGACACUGGAUACUCUGGGCAGAGGCGUGCUUGUUGAUGAAUGGCUCCGGCUCAGGGGUUGGGCUCGAAUAGGGGUUUUAAUUUCUAGGCUGAGGAUGAUGCUUGAUGAAGUAUUGAGACGAAAAGUUGACAACCCCGGCCUCAAUGUGGAGGAGGACGAGGUCAUUGACGUCGUCCGUCACCUCGUCUUACUUAACGGGCAAGAUCUAUGA